UUUUGAAUAAGUAAAGUAAAUAAAAACAGAUAAAAACGACUUUAAAGCAUUUUUGAGAUGAUGAAUAUUAUAGAAAACUAAAAACGAGUUUUGGAAUCAUCUCAUGCAUUUUUUCAACAUAUACUCCCAGCCAGUAGGGGGCGCAGAAUAUUUCAACAGCAGGACGACAAGACGCCGGUUUAUCUCAUCCCCGUCCUGCGCCACCAGUCGAAAUGGCGACCGAACGAGGUUCUGAAACCGAAAAUGACAAAGCGGCUCUUAUUGAGACGACAACUGAACAGGAUUCAAACCCGCAACCCGGGACGAUUUCAAAAAACGAAAAAUCGAAGCUGACGCUUUAUCACUGGACGCAGUCCUUCAAUUCUCAGAAGGUACGUCUGGCCAUAGCAGAGAAAGGUCUGCGCUGUGAGGAGUAUGAUGUGAGCCUUCCUCUGAGUGAACACAACGAGCCGUGGUUCAUGCGCCUGAAUCCCGCAGGCGAAGUUCCGGUUUUCGUCCACAAUGACAACAUCAUCUGUGAUCCGACACAAAUAAUGGACUAUCUGGAGCAGAACUUUACUGAUGAGGGCGUUCUAAAGCUGGUUCCUGAGGAGGACAGCAGGUACUACCUCAGAGUGCAGCACUACAGAGAGCUGUUGGACUCGCUACAGAUGGAUGCCUACACACAUGGCUGUAUCCUCCAUCCUGAGAUCACGGUGGACUCCCACAUACCGACAUAUGCGGCCACAUCCAUACGAACUCAGAUUGGAAACACACAGACCGAACUGAAGAAACUGGCUGAGCAGAAUCCUGAGCUCAAAGAUGCUUAUAUUGCAAAACAGAGACGGUUGAAGUCGAAGCUGUUUGACCAUGACAACAUGAACCUGAAGAAGCUUCUGGGUGAAUUGGAGAGUGUGAUGGAUCAGGUGGAGACAGAGUUACAGAGAAGAGCAGAAGAAACUCCAGAAGAAGGCAGCGCAUCCUGGCUGUGUGGAGACUUCUUCAGCUUGGCAGAUGUGUCCCUGGCAGUUACUUUGCACCGGCUAAAGUUCCUAGGGCUAUCUCGUCGCUACUGGGGUAAUGGUAACCGCACCAACGUUGAAACGUACUAUGAGCGAGUGGUGGAGCGGCCCGCCUUCAGGAAAGUGCUGGGACACGUCAACAACAUCCUCAUUUCUGCUGUUCUUCCAGUUGCAUUUCGUUUGGCCAGAAGGAACGCGCCGAUUAUAGUUGGUACCACUCUGUUGAUAGGAGCUCUGGGAGGAGCUACAUAUGUAGCUUUUCUCUGCAUGAAGAAAAGGCUGACAUUCUUUAGCUGAGUGGAAACUCGAUGCUCUUAUUUAACCUUUCAUUGAGAAAUGAAUAAAGUCAUGUUGUACACUCAAACAUCCAUUUUUGUGUGUACCCCCCCCCCCCCCCGCACUUUUUUCCUGUUGAAAAAGUCUACCUAUUUUACCUAAUAUUCUUCUAAUUUUUAAUUUUUUGCUUUCUUUUCAGUCAUCUUUAAGUGCCAAUCUAAUGUCUAAAUAUAAUGUUUGUUCAUAUUUACAUACAGUGAAUAUAAGUAAAUAUGGGUGGGUUGGAUUAGAUGAAAUAGAUACGAUUGCUCCUUGUAUUAAAAGAUUUCUGAAAGUUUUUGUGGGCAUUUUAUGGGCAACCAGGUCUGGUUUUUCUCUUCUGUCUCUGUGAAUGCACCAGCAAAAAUAAAAGGCAAACAUGGAUAUUUAA